AUGCUAUUUGAGCAGGGUCAGCAGGCCCUGGAGCUUCCGGAGUGCACGAUGCAGAAGGCUGCUUACUAUGAAAACCCAGGACUGUUCGGAGGCUAUGGCUAUGGCAAAGCCAAUGACACUUAUGGCUACAGCACCCCACAUCAGCCCUAUCCUCCCCCUGCUGCUGCCAAUUCUCUGGAUACGGAUUAUCCAGGUUCUGCCUGCUCCCUCCAGAGCUCCACACCACUCCGAGCCCCAGCCCACAAGGGGGCUGAACUCAAUGGCAGCUGCAUGCGGCCUGGCACUGGCAACAGCCAGGGUGGGGGAAGUGGCAGCCAGCCUCCUGGGCUGAACUCAGAGCAGCAGCCCCCUCCACCCCCGCCUCCACCCCCAACCCUGCCUCCAUCCUCACCCACCAAUCCUGGAGGUGGCGUGCCUGCCAAGAAGGCCAAAGGUGGGCCCAAUGCUUCCAACUCUUCAGCCACCAUCAGCAAGCAAAUCUUCCCCUGGAUGAAGGAAUCUCGACAGAACUCCAAGCAGAAGAGCAGCUGUGCCACCGGAGGAGAGAGUUGCGAGGACAAGAGUCCACCCGGCCCAGCGUCCAAGCGGGUGCGCACGGCAUACACCAGCGCGCAGCUAGUGGAGUUGGAGAAGGAGUUCCACUUCAACCGCUACUUAUGCCGGCCGCGCCGCGUGGAGAUGGCCAACCUGCUGAACCUCACGGAACGCCAGAUCAAGAUCUGGUUCCAGAACCGGCGCAUGAAGUACAAGAAGGACCAGAAGGCCAAAGGCAUCCUGCACUCGCCGGCCGGCCAGUCCCCCGAACGCAGCCCGCCACUCGGCGGCGCGGCGGGCCACGUGGCCUACUCGGGCCAGCUGCCGCCGGUGCCUGGCCUGGCCUACGACGCGCCCUCGCCGCCCGCUUUCGCCAAGUCGCAGCCCAACAUGUACGGCCUGGCCGCCUACACGGCGCCGCUCAGCAGCUGCCUGCCGCAGCAGAAGCGUUACGCGCCGCCCGAGUUCGAGCCCCAUCCCAUGGCGAGUAACGGCGGUGGCUUCGCUAGCGCCAACCUUCAGGGCAGCCCGGUGUACGUGGGCGGCAACUUUGUCGACUCCAUGGCGCCGGCGUCUGGGCCCGUCUUCAACCUGGGCCAUCUCUCGCAUCCGUCCUCAGCCAGCGUGGACUACAGUUGCGCCGCGCAGAUUCCCGGCAACCACCACCACGGACCGUGUGACCCUCAUCCCACCUACACAGAUCUCUCGGCCCAUCACUCCUCUCAGGGACGCCUGCCCGAGGCCCCCAAACUGACACAUCUGUAG